AUGGCGGACCCGACACAACAACAUCAUCACCGCAUGCUGGACAACCGGGCUCGCCAGGGCCUGGUGCGCCGCAUCAUCGGGCUGUUCGGGCCGUACAAGCUGCCGGUCGCCGUCGUGGGGUUGCUGAUCGUGGUCAAUGCCGGGCUGGGUGUGAUCAACCCGGUGCUGGUCAAGGAGGUCUUCGACUCGGCCCUCUUCCCCUCGGAUGGGUCGCUGGACCUGACGUUGCUCUGGCUACUGGCGGGACUGAUCGCAGCGAUCGUUGUGUUCGGCGCGGUGCUGAGCGUCAUCCAGACCUACCUGACCAGCAAGGUGGGGCAGGACGUCACCGGCGACCUGCAGGAGGCGGUCUACAACCACCUGCUGGGCAUGUCGCUGAGCUUCCUGGCCCGCACCCGCACCGGGGAGGUACAGUCCCGGGUGUCCCACGACAUCAACGGCAUAGAGCCGGUGGUGACCAGCACCUUCGCCGAUUUCGUGGCUAGCGUGGUCGCGCUGAUAGCCGUGGGCGUGGCCAUGCUGUUCCUGUCGUGGGAGUUCACCGUGGUGGCCGUGGCGGUUCUGCCGGUCUUCUUCUUGCUGACACGCUGGGUGGGACGCAAACGGCGGGAUGCCCUGACGGGCGUCCAGAGCUCCAUGGCCCAGGUCACAGCGAUCACGGAGGAGACUCUUUCGCUCUCCGGCAUACUGCUGGCCAAGCUGUUCGGACGCCAGCACGCCGAGCUGCAUCACUUCCGGCGCCACAGCGAGGAACUGUCCCGAUUCGCGGUGCGCCAGCGGAUGAUCGACCAGAGCUUCUACACCGCCGCCACCGCGUUCCUCACCCUGGCCCCCGCCCUCGUGUACCUGGCGGCGGGGUACCUGAUAUUCAUAGGAGACACCGGAGCGGCCACGGCGGGCACCGUCAUCGCUUUCCCCGCAUUGCAGGCACGGCUCUACCAGCCGGUGGAGCGCCUGCUGCAGGUGUCGGUGGAGCUGCAGUCGUCGGUGGCCCUGUUCGAGCGGAUAUUCGGCUACCUGGACAUGGAGCAGGAGAUCACGGACGCGCCCGACGCCCAGCCCCUGGAGCGCGACAAGGUCGAGGGCGAUGUGGUGUUCGACGCAGUGCGCGUGAGCAGCCUCAGCUACCACGGCAGCGAGGCCGACCUGCAGCAGCAGGGCGUGAACCGGCAGUGGACGCUGGACGGGGUCAGCUUCCGCAUCGAGCCCGGACAGCUGGCCGCAUUCGUCGGCCCCAGCGGCGCGGGCAAGAGCAGCAUAGCCGCCCUGGUGCCGAGGCUUUACGACGUCACCGAGGGCUCCGUGUGCAUCGACGGCUUCGAUGUCCGGCAGGUGCGCCUCGACGACCUGGCUGCCACGGUGGGCUUCGUCACCCAGGAGACGUUCCUGUUGCAGACAACCAUCGAGGAGAACCUGCGCUACGGCAAGCCCGAUGCUACCCACGAGGAAAUCGUCGCGGCGGCCACUGCGGCCUACAUCCACGACAGGAUCAUGGAGCUGCCCGCGGGCUACGCCACCCUGGUCGGCGAGCGCGGGUUCGGCCUGUCCAUCGGCGAGCGCCAGCGGCUGUCCAUCGCCAGGACCCUGCUGCACGAGCCGCGUAUCCUCAUCCUGGACGAGGCGACCUCGGCUCUGGACGCUCGAAGCGAGCGGAUGCUGCAGUCGGCGCUGGCGCCGCUGGUGCAGGGCCGCACCACGCUUGUCAUCGCGCACCGGCUGUCGACCAUCCUGGCCGCCGACGUGAUAUUCGUGAUCAACGCGGGCCGGAUCAACGACUUCGGCCGCCACGAGGAGCUGCUGGGGCGUUGA